AUGCGGAAGAAGGUGGACUCCCGUAUCCGCACGCUGGUGGAGAACUGCGUGCAGCUGCGGCAGCGGGGGCUGUUUGUCAUCAUCGGCGACAAGGGCCGUGACCAGGUCGUCAACCUGCACUACAUGCUGUCCAAGGCGGCCGUCAAGGCGAGGCCCUCUGUCCUCUGGUGCUACAAAAAGGACCUCUACCUCAGCAGGUGGGCGGGCACGCCUUGA